AUUAGAUUGAGUGAGAGGAGUCGGAUGCGCGCACAGCUACACCGUCUGCACAGAGAAGGACCAGCUGAGCCUGCCAUUAUUACCAUCUCUCUCACAACAUAAAACAUCUCCAUGGCGACUAAUAAUGAAGCAAUCUUGGAAGAAAUUGAAGCAUUGCAAGCAAUCAUGUUGGACGAGGUGAAAGUCUUAUAUGGAGAUGGAGGUGUGCCAAAUGGGGUAGAGGUGGUGGUAGUGCCAGCCACGGCCCAAAACAUUGAGGAGCAGCAUGUGAGAGUGACCUUAGUGUUGUUACUGCCCCCGGAGUACCCAGACACCACUCCUUCGAUAUUACUUAGGAAUCCACGAGGUGUAGAUGAUUAUGUUUUGGAAAAGAUAAAACAAGAAAGCAGACAGAGGUGUGAAGAGUAUUUAGGCUGUCCGGUAAUAUAUGAACUCAUUGAGGUUGUCCGCGAGAAUUUAACUGCUAACAACACUCCCAGCUGCCCCUGUGCCAUCUGCCUCCACCACUUCACUGACAGUGAUGUUUUUACCAAGACUCCAUGCUUCCACUAUUUCCAUUCAUAUUGUCUUGGCAGGUAUAAAACAAACUGUGAAGAAGAGGCUGCAGCAGAGGAGGAAGAACCACAGCCAGCAUGGAUGGCCAGAGAAAAGAAACAACUGAUGUGUCCUGUCUGCCGGGACCCCAUCCAGACUGAGCUUAACAGUACUGACCUGCUGUUAGCUCCCCCACCUGAGGAAGAGGAAGGUGUUGAAGACUUCAGAGCAGACAGUCCCGAGUUACUUGCUCUUCAGCAGCGAAUGGCUGACCUUUAUUUGCAACAGAAAGAAAAGGGAGGAAUAAUUGAUUUGGAGGAAGAAAAGAAUAAGUUCUUGCUUUCUUCAAACAGAGCAGAUUCUUGUGAAGGACUAGAAGAGGGAGUCGAAGACGUUGCUAGAAUUAAUAUUCCCGAUUCUCCUGUUGAACCACGACAAGAGGAACCAACUAUUCCACCUCCCAGUAGGAGAGGUGGUCGUUCCUCACACCACAGAUCCCAGGGGCAAAAAUCCCAGGGUGGAUAUGGUCGUCAGCAUUGGAGGAAUAUGGAUCAGGGAGGAGAUGGCAGGUACUGGUCUGGGAAUCGUGGUGGGAGGGGUGUGAGUGGUAGUCGUGGUAGAGGGGGAAAUAGUCGUUUUGUUUAUCACAAUUCUUCUAGGAUCAUCUCAGAACCUCAGGAAUACAGUUCUGCAGACUAUAAGACCACGUGUGUAAUAGACAAUGGGUAUGGCACCAAAGGUCAUGGCAAACGUGAGGGCAACUCCCACGAAAAUGGCAGCAUUUAUACCUCCGGAGAUAACCGAGCCAGAGGUAACGAAGUCGGCAAUGGUGCGGGAGGAGUAUGCAGAAAGGGCCCCAAAGGUUCUGGAAAUCGACAGAGAUACGGUCCCGGGAGGGGUAGGGGCCGUGGACCACCACCACCAGGGUUUGCCCCAUCAUCUUUCCGUCAUUCCGCUCAAGACUGGAGUUGACGAUUGUGGCUUGCAGGGUUAUGUCCACCCUGUCUCUUCUUUACUCUCUGUCUUCUUGUCUAUUUACCAAGUAUUAUGAUUGUGACUUCUUUAACCUUGAAGUAUUCAGCUUAUUUAACUUCAAAAAAAAUUAAAUGUUAUAGAAAUAGUUUUGAUGACAACUUUAUGCUUGUUCAUUCUAGAUCAGUAGUAAAAUGUGUUAAAUGUG